AUGUGGCUUAUCAAAGCCGUAGGAGCCAUACAUGGGCAGUCCUACUUCACUUUCGCUCUCGAACAGAAAAAGACCUACAAGGUAGGCAGAGACAAGGACUGUGAUAUUCGGUUCGAGAGCAAAAAGGUCAGACCUAUAGAAGGCACAAUCGAAGCCAAAUCCUGGGAUCUGGCACAUGCUCAGAAACCACCAGAGUUGAAAUGGUAUUCCUCACCAAAGAAAAGUGGAGGGUUCGGGAAGUUCAAGAUAUUGUUACCGAUGGAUGAAGAGUCCGUAGGUUCUAGAGACAGGGAAGAUUACGGGGAAGGUCAAGAAAGUGAUCAACCGGGAUGUUAUUUACAUGAUCACAUGGGGACGGGCAUCGAGUUGUCUGAUGAUGCUUGGUUCUGCGCCGUCUGGAUUGAUAUCAAUAUACAACACCCCAAAUUUAAAGACGAAUCAGAAGAAACUCAAUCUGCGAUGCGUCGGCAUUGUCUAGCUCAUACCCUCGCCUUCGAUCCUUCCAAUAAACCCACAUUCGUCCUCUCACAAACAUAUUGUGCUACUCCUCACUGCAACUAUGCCGUAUGCUACGGAAUCCGUAUCCUCCUUCCCAUCUACCUCGAAGCCCUGUUAGCUAAGUGUAACGCCUGCUGGAAGAAAGUGGCCGAUUCACAGGACAGUUUCGCUCUACCGCCAGAAGAGGAUCCUCGAUUUCAACCACCCCUAGACCCCAAUUUGCCGAAUGUUAGAGCAAGUGUAGAAUGUUGGCUACCGGAUCCUGGCAGAUCCGCGUUAUUUGAGGGAUGGUCAAUCAUGGGACUGCGAGCGGAGAGGCCUCCGACUGAGAAGAGAUGGCUCACGGCUAUGGGAGCAAAGUAUACAGAUAUCGACAUCGUUUCGCACCCCGUCUCUUCGGGCCAAGAUGUGAUUGACCGUCUUAAAUCAUGGUCAGAAGAAAUAGAUGCUAGCGUAGGCCGUUCAAAGGCGCUCAUUGUCUGGUUCGGAAAUCUCAAAGCGGAAUUAGAGAAGAAAGGCGUGAAAUUCAGUUCUAUGAUUGGGGAGGCAAGUCAAAAGUUAGGCAUAUUUGUAGUUUCAGGAGUAAUCUGUUGGGCCGCCGUCAAAUGUGGUGGUGUUGAAGAGUAUCUGGAGGCCUUUGGUGGUCCACGCCCAGAACAUUUCCCCCGCAACGACCCAAUUGUCACGACCAGAGAGCCCUCACCUGCUUCGAUAUCGGCUAUUCGGGAAGCUUCUCCUGAACCAUUGGCUCAACCUGCUACAGCAAGUCCGUCCCGUUCUUAUCCUCCCGCUCGUCACAAACAUGUGGAGGUGAUCCCUUCGACAUACCCUGAAGAAUUGGAGACUGUAGCUUUUAAGACUGCUCAGGCCGGGAGGCCUCUCUUGGAGGACGUCGAUACGUCUGUGAGCGCUUUAAGUCAACCAGCCAAAAAGCCACUGAAACGCCGAGCCGGACGUGUAGCUGACCCCUUUCCUGCGCCGAUCAUAGAAGAAUCGGUUCAACCCACUCAAAGUCAACUUCACAUCUCACGAGAUUCGCAGUCCUUCAAUCCUCCAGCCUCAAGCCAACCCUCCAUUCUAGCCCCGGAGACGGUCCUAGAGUCUAGAACACAAGGGAAAGCAAGUAUCAGCUCCGGCACAACUCGCCUCAAACGGCGGGUCGGAACUCGGCCAGCACUGUCUUUCGACUUGCCUACGGAGACCGUAGAAUCCGUAGCCAGACAGAUUGAAGAUGAAGAAACCGCCGCCGAAAUCCGAGAGCUGUACGAACAGACCAAGGCUGAGAGUGUUCAACCUAGGCCUGUCAAGAGAGCUCGACUUGCUUCUGUCGAAUCUCACAUCUCCAACAGCAGGGAAAGCUCUGCUGAACCUUCAAUCCGUCCACAACUUUCCCACGUCAACAAAGUCGUUCCAUCCAUCGCUGAAGAACCGGAGUCUGAAGAAAUUGAGGAGAUCGAGGAUGACUUUAUUCAAAGGACUCUGCGUAAGGCCGCAGAGGCCAAAAAGUCUGGACGUUCGCAAGCUUCAGGACCUUCGAUUAAAUCCAUCACUUCUGGACGGAAAGAUACUUCACGUAUCAAAGAACCAGAGUCUGCCGAACCACUCGAACCCAAAAAGCCUGCUGGAUUACCGGUAAAUCAACCUAAAGAUAGUCAAAUCGCGAAGGAUCCCGCUUUCUUAUCAGCCAUCUCAGAUGCGACCAAAACCAAGAAGGCAGUAGAUGAGCUAGACAUGGAGUUUAAUCAGUUGCGGAUACCCAAAAGAGGUGGAGAACCUGGGAGCACGAUUGUCAAGACUAAUGUAUGGAAUGCGGAUCAUCCGGACUGGAAUAUCGUCAAUGACUUCGACGACGAUAUGAGGGGCAAUUUCAUUCAGAUCAUCAAGACGGAUCUGUUUCGUAAAGAUCAGAAGAGGGUGCCUGAGGUGGUGGAUGAUGGACGGCCAAACUUCAAGAAGUUCAAAAAGAAAAACAUCGUUAGAAGGGACCCACUGCCGUUGAUCUUGGCCGGACCUACUUUGGAAGAUGCAGAAAUGGGAGACCCAUAUUGGCCCACACAGCGUGCCAAUGGCAAAGGAAGAAAAGCCACUCAAGUACACGAUUCGGAUGAAGAGGAAGAUAUGCCCUUACUCCCAUCGACCCGUCGGGCCGUACUUGUCGAUAAUGACGACGAUGACAUGCCUCCACCUUCCCGCACUCAGAGAGGUCGUAAGAAAGACCAAUCCACCGUCCCGGACACCCAGCAGGGUACAGUCACACAGUCAUCUCGGAAGACCAGAGCGGGAAGUAUCCUGUCCGAGGCUUCUACCACAGAUACAAGAUCCACCGCCACUGCAAAGACACGUAAACCCCCCGCUCGAGCUGCUCCGACCAGAGGGUUGGCCAAACGACAGCCGAUAGUGUUGGAAGAUUCGGAUGAUGAUGGACCUUCAACCCUACGAUCCAAUUCAAGAAGUAGGAACGGGAUGAAUGGGACAGAUACGAAUGAGGCGGAUGCUCAGUUGUGGACGGCACCAAGAAGUAGGAGUACGAGAAGUUCUGGACCUACUACUGCCACAUUGGGACGGAGAAAGUUGUUGGUCGUCGAUGAUGACGAUGAUGAGCUGGUGUUCAGAGGGCUCAAGAAGAGGAGGGCAAAAUAG